AUGGCCGACGAGACUGUCGCUGCGCCCGCCGUAGCCGUCGAGCAGCCCGAGCUUACCCCGGCUGCCGACAAGACGGCCGACCAGGAGUCGGAGAAUGUGCCUAACUCUGACGAUAAGCCUACCGAAAACGCGAACGCGACGACCGAAGAGAAGGGGUCUGAGGUCGCGACAGGCAAGGAGACCAUCUCUGGCGAUGCGCCGAAGCUCCAGGCCGAGGAGGACGACGUCCCUGCUGCUUCGGAGGAGGCUGCGACCGCCCCAGACCCUAACGGAACUCCUGCGUCUGCGAAGAAAUCCUCCAAGGAUCGCCGUCGAUCGAGUGGUGUUGCCGAUAAAAAAUCUCUGAGCCGGAAGAAGUCCAUGAGCCGCAUCGUUAACGUGGACGUGAAGCCCGGCCAGUACUACCUGGCGCGUCUGCGCAGCUAUGCGCCAUGGCCGUCCAUUAUUUGCGAUGAGGAGAUGCUUCCACAGUCUCUUCUCGACACUCGCCCGGUCACUGCCGCGCAAAGCGAUGGAACUUACCGUGAGGACUACGCCGAUGGGGGCAAGCGCGUCCAUGAGCGGACGUUCCCCGUGAUGUUCUUCCAAACCAACGAGUUUGCCUGGAUUGCCAACUCUGCUCUCACUCCUCUUGCCCCUGCCGAAUGCAAGGAAGUCUCCGAGAAGAACAAGGCGAAGACGUUGAUCGGUGCCUACAAUAUUGCUAGCGAGGGCCAUGAUCUCGCUUACUUUAAGAAGCUCCUGUCAGAUCACCAAGCCGCCAUCCAGCAAGAGAUUGAAGAACAAGAGGCCGAGGAGGCUGCCAAGGCAGCUGCCAAGGCCGAGAAGGAGGCAAAGAAGAAGAAGAGCAACAGCAGCAAGCGCAAGAGCAAAGGUGCAGACACCGAUGUUGAUAUGGAAGAUGCCGAUGAUUCCAAGAAAUCCAAGAGCUCGAAAAAACGCAAGAACGAGGCGGAUGGUGAAGCAGACAAGCCCGCUAAGACACCCAAGACUGGCACCAAGUUGAAGUUGACUACCCCCAAGGCCCCCGCGGAAGAGAAGAAGACCCCCGCCAGCAAGACCAAGAAAGCUGCCACCAAGAAGGGCAAGACUGCUGCCGAGGAUGCUACCCCCGAAGCCAAGGAGCCAGAAAAGCAGGUCGACCCCGAGGAGUUGAAGAAGAAAAAGGAGAAGGAAGUUCUCUUCCUGCGUCAUAAACUCCAGAAGGGCUUCAUUUCUCGAGAUCAACCUCCCAAGGAAGAUGAAAUGGCCGCGAUGGCUACCUAUUUCGAUAAACUCGAGAAACAUGCCGACCUAGAGGUGUCGAUCAUUCGCUCGACCAAGAUCAACAAGGUUUUGAAGAUGAUUGUCAAGCUCGACUCGAUCCCCCGGGACGAAGAGUUCAACUUCCGCCAUCGUGCCAUGAACAUCUUGACUAGCUGGAAGAGCGUGUUGGAAACCGAUGCCCCUAUUGCCUCGGCGGAUAAAGAUUCUAAGUCCACGCCAAAUGGCACCCACAAAGACGAGGACGGGGCUGAUACCCCCAAACUGGAAACUGAGGAGGAGAAGGAACCCGAGACCAAGGCCGCCAACGAAGAUACCCCUAUGGCCGAUGCUGAUGAGGCUCCCAAGGUCGAGACAACCGAAUCUGACAAGCCGGCCGACAAGAAAUUGGCAGAAGAGAGUGCUGUUGACGCUGUCGCAUAA